AUGUUCAGGCCUUCGGGUAUGAAAAUAUAUUUCGUUGGAGGGUACCACUUAACCGUCUACCCCGAGGCAGCUUUAGCUUUGGCGAAGGAGGCCGCGGCCAAGAACAAGUCUGAGGAUAUUCCUACGAUCGCCGGACAUCUCGCAAACUUGCCAAAGGCAAAUGAAAACAGAUCUCGGGUAGUCUUAGUAACCCAAGGGUCUUCUCCUACAGUCAUUGCGGUUUCUGGAACCCCAGGACACAAGGAUAUUCCUGUCCGCAAAAUCUCCGCGGCAGAAAUCAUUGGCACAACGGGAACCGGCGAUGCUUUCGCGGGAGGACUUCUCGCCGGCAUUGUGCAGCAAAAAUCACUGGAAACCUCGGUUGACAUGGGAAAUUGGCUUGCACAUCUGGGGAUUCAGCAAGUGGGCCCAAAUUACCCGCUUCCAAGGCAGUCCUUCACGCCAGUCUGA